AUGGGGGAGAAGGAGUUUUACUUCUUUUGCCAGAGGGAUCGAAAGUACCCGACCGGGAUGAGGACGAACCGUGCGACCGUGUCCGGUUAUUGGAAGGCGACUGGCAAGGACAAGGAGAUCUUUAGAGGCAAAGGUUGUCUUGUUGGGAUGAAGAAAACACUUGUGUUCUAUAGAGGGAGAGCUCCGAAAGGUGAAAAGACCAAUUGGGUUAUGCAUGAGUAUCGUCUUGAUGGCAAAUAUUCUUAUCACAAUCUCCCUAAAUCCGCAAGGGUAUGUCAAAACUAUUUUUGCAAAACUACUAAUUUGAUUCAGUUCACUUUUGAUUAG